AUGCAAGCUAAAAUAAAAGGCGAAAAGUUCUUGAAAAUGGCUGUCGUGAGUCCGAUGGUUAGAAAUUACAACAUGACAGAUUUCCUCAGACAUGGUUUUGUCUUGCCAGUUAAAGACUGGAAUGUCGGAAAAGACGAAGAAUGUCCCAUUUGCUUGCGUGUCCUAUUCGGAUCGAGAAAUAUCGUGCUGUUGAAGGAAUGUCUUCACAAGUACCACAUGACCUGCAUAAAGAAGCGAUUCAAAAAGAAUGAAGAGUUUAAACUUGUAUGUCCGACCUGCAACAAGGUUUAUGCAAUUCCUGAUACCUGGAAUGGGAAUCGAGCAACACUCUAUGUUAAAUUUGUUCAAGACUGCGUGAGGAUUGAGAUCGAAUUCAACUACGGUUACGGAUAUACUUACCUGUUUAAGUUAAAAAGGGACCAAGAAAUCGUCAAAACAGUUUCGCUAUUUCUUAAAGCUUGGAAGAUGGAUCUUGUGACAGACUACAGCGUUCUGAAUUUAUUCAAGGAGAAGGACGGCGAAUUUAUCAAAAACUAUUUGAAGGGGUUGAACAUGGUCAACAAUGAUUUGGUCGAUGAGUUCGUUACUGACGUUAGCAUGUAUGGCGACGACGUUGAUGACUUUCAAGAAGGUGUCGGUAGUGUAUUCUUCAACAACGGUAAUAGUAGGAGCUAG